AAUUGCUUCAUAAGAGUCCAAACCUGUGUUGAAGGACCAGCUAUUCAAAGAAAAACUUGGCCUUUCACAUUUAUGUCACUCCAUUUACCAUUUUUGGUCAGGAAUAAGGGGCUCUCGUUCAACUGCUUGCAUACAGAAUUUAAAUAGUUAUGUUUCACUUUUGUAUUGAUCAUAUAAUUAUCUUUCCUUGGUCAUCUGGUCAUUGGUGUGUGUUUUUGUAUUUAUUUAUGCUUUUUUUUUUUUUUUUUUUUUUGCCUUUACUCUUCCAAGGCCAGGAUUUAUGUUUUGUUUGAAUCCAAGGUUAUUUCCCCCUUUUUUCAUGUCUGAUUACCCCAGAAUGUAUCUUUCAUUUAGCCUACUUUUACAUGCAUUACAGUAUGAAGUGUCUAAAUACAGAAAGUGUCUAAAUAUUGUCAUUCUCAUUAAAUACAUAUCUUUAUUGUCAAUUAUUUAAUAUUUUGUGUCACUUUAUAGUAACAGGAUUGCUAUGCAUUAGAUAUAGUUAAUCUAAUAUGCCUUUAUGCCACUACAGUGUUUGUACACUAUCAGCAAAUACACAAGUAGUUGGUAUUUUGCUUAAUUACAUGACCAUAACUGAACACUAGAGGACGCUAUUCAUCACAAAAUUGACUGGUGCUGCUUAUCGACAGGAAAUGAAAGUACCAUUGAUUCAGGCACGCACACUGCAGUUGAUAUGUGUUACAAUACAAAGCCUCAUAUAACCGUGUUACUUUCUUUCAAUGCUGUUUCUCAGGCUGGGUGAUUUUAUCAGAUCAACAUAGAUUGACAUCAGUCAUGCUAUCAGUCAUGAUUAGUCACUUCAGCACCACGGACAGCGCUUCGCUUACCUUAAAUGACACACCAGAGCGGAACUCAUGGACGGCCACCACGGACUAUGUAGUAAAUGUCGAUGUAAAUACACUAAUAGGUGUACAUCCACUAAAAUUUUAUUUUGGAACCAGUUUGUUAAACGUAAUUUUAAAAGUGAAGUUAGUUCUGAGAAAAGCUCUAAGCUACCACGUGUAAUUUAAGUCUCCAUAUAUAUAUAUAUAUGGCGGUCGAAAUAUUAAAACCACAAACCUUCUCAAAUGGCUUUUUUUAUGAGCUACAUAUAGCUUAUUCAUAUACAUAUGCAGUUGUAGAUAUAGAUAUUCACCCAUUAAGCGUUGCUAAAGUCAUCGCGUUUACAGCUGAUUGGUCUGCGUUAGCAAACGUUUUAAGAUGACGGGCAGCUUCAGUGUAGACAGCCUCAAGCCGCGUUGCGACGCGUCGCGAGGCGUCAUCGUUCGUUUCCAGUGCAGACUCGGUGUCAGAAUCGCACCGCUUUCCUUUAGACGGACCCACCGUUGCUGUCACCGGAGGUUCCCAUUAUACUCCCCCUUCACCCCCCCCCCCCCAAAACAAGAAUGCACUAGACAAGACGGCUACGUGCUCCGACGCGUUCUCCUCAAUAGACUGACUGGAUGCGUUCCUAUAUAGGCUGGUAUUUAUAAAAAAAUAUAUGUUUAGAUUAAGCGUCUUGGGUUGUUUUCGGCCUAUACGCGAUCGGAUCAAUGGAGACAGAUACGUGUUUAUUAGUGUGUAAUACACGUCGUUCUUCUUCGACAAAUAAUGGAUUACCCAGCAUCUGGUUUGAAGCAUGAAGAACCAACCGUACGAAGCCGUUAUGGUCAAAACGACGCGCGAUCACGAUGUCUUGGAUCUCAAAAAGGCUCGAGGUAUCGUUAUAUAAAAGACUCAACUAAUUAUUAAAGGCUGAUAUUUUGUACAUCAAACUGGGGGACCAGGACUGCUUAAUGUCGGAUUACAAAGCCCAGGCUGGGUUGCGCUUGCACAGAUGGCGAACACAAGUGAUCCAGGGGGAAGCAACCCCUCGCUCCAGAAUUAUGCCAUCACUGCGUCUGCGGUCAAACUGGCGUCUUUGGGUCUCAUCACCUGCAUCAGCCUGCUCGGAAAUACUGUGCUCUCGGUGCUGGUGCUGAAAGACAGCUCUCUCCACAAGGCUCCGUAUUACUUUCUUCUCGACCUGUGCUUGGCAGACAUCAUCCGCUCGGCCGUGUGCUUCCCGUUCGUGAUGAUCUCCAUCAACAGCGGCUCCGUAUGGAGCUACGGCAUCAUCAGCUGCAAGAUCAUCGCGUUCAUGGCCGUCUUGUUCUGCUUCCAUAUUGCCUUCCUCCUUUUCUGCGUCAGCGUAACGCGCUACAUGGCCAUCGCGCACCACCGGUUCUACUCCAAACGCAUGACGCUUUGGACAUGCGUCGCGGUCAUAUGUAUGGUGUGGACGCUCUCGGUCGCCAUGGCGUUUCCCCCGGUCUUCGACGUCGGGACCUACAAAUUUAUCCGCGAGGAAGAGCAAUGCAUAUUCGAGCACAGAUACGUGAAAGCCAACGACACGCUAGGCUUCAUGCUCAUGCUGGUCGUGAUUGUGGCCACGACGCAUGUCGUGUAUGUCAAAAUGCUGUGCUUUGUUUACGACCACCGCAAAAUGAAGCCCGCGCAGCUGGUUCCGGCUAUCAGCCAAAACUGGACCUUCCACGGACCGGGCGCGACGGGCCAGGCCGCUGCCAACUGGAUCGCGGGGUUUGGACGCGGUCCGACGCCGCCGACGUUAGUGGGCAUCAGACAGGCGUCACACAACGCCAGCCGGAGGCUGCUCGUGCUGGACGAGUUCAAGAUGGAGAAACGGAUAGGGAAGAUGUAUUACAUGAUCACGCUGGCGUUUCUGCUGUUCUGGGCGCCAUACAUCGUCUCGUGCUACAUCCGGGUGUUUGUGAAGGGAAACACUCUUCCUCAGGUGUACCUGACCGCGGCCGUGUGGCUGACGUUCGCCCAGGCGGGGGCCAAUCCUAUCAUAUGUUUCAUAUUCAAUAAGGAGCUGAGGAUGAGGUUCAGAGCCUGUUUGCCGUGUUGCCUGACUACACAAACACCCAUGGAGCCCUACUGCGUGAUUUGAAGUGUUUUGCUCACUUGUUUUCACCUGCUCUGCCUGCUUGUCAUAGCAUACAGUGGCCCUAAAAAGUAAAGAAAAGACCUGGGAGUGUUCAAACGUAUCUUAUAUUUGUCUGCUUCAAAAUAAAGCCAUUUAUAAUUCGGUUUACUAAACAACAUAUUUCACAAAAAGUGCUGCUGUAACAAGCAACCAUAUUCAGAAAAUGCCAAUUUAAUUGAAAUAAAAAAAUAACACACACACACACACACACACACACACACACACACACACAUUACAUAAAAAAUUGACAACUGUUCUAUCAUUUAGCAUCUAUUAAUUUGUUCAAAACUUUCUCAUGUCAAAAUUGUUUUUCCCUAAUAAAUCUUUUAUUUGUGUAUAUAUUAAAAGAUUUGUAAAUCAAUUACAUUUUAAACGAAUGCCACUUCAUAUUUUGAUAUCUAAUGCAAUAGUGUUCAUUUUUAUUUCUGUAUCCUGAUUUUUUUAUUUUUCUGUGUCCUGACUUUUUGGAGCCACUGUAGCAUGUGAUAUUUUCCUUCAUUCAGAGGUGAAAUCUCAGACCUGUUCCAAUGUUGCAUAUCAGAAGAUCCAUAUCCACAUUUAUGCAAUCCACAUAUCAAUGUUAAUAAUGUAAAAAGAUGAUUUAUUUAUAUUCUGGAGCCUCUUUGUAACUGAUAUGUAAUAUAUUUGCUAUGACUUUUUGUGUGAAUUAAAUGGCAAGUGGCUUUUUUUACUAUCACAUGGGCUAAAUGUGAAUAAACCAAGUCCCUCUCACAGUCCCUUUAAAUUGUUAAUGGAAAUCAGUUUUCAAUGGACACAAGCAAAUUUGAUGGGUCAGUGUUGAGAAGACUAUGAUUUGUUAAAUUAAAAUAAAUGAUUAUGAAUUCACUGUUGGUGUGCUACAGCAAUACAAAAAUCAAAUGUUAGGACAAAUGUUAGCAAAAGGCCAACAAGGCAUUAAAAUAGGGGAUUUUGUUGUCGUGUCAGACUAAACUGAUGUAAAACAUCAGGCUUUUGUGCAUAUUUUGUUAAGCCUCCAUCUCAUUACUUGCUGUUAGAUGUUGUGGGGGGGCAUGAGACAUAAUGUGAUGUUUCAGACACACUCAUCCAGGGAGGAAUUUUUGGCUUUUGGCUGCUUUUCCAUCCCCCCACCCUUCCUACAGACAAUUAUAUAACACAGAGCCCUUUUUUCAGCACAACUCCAGCACUACAUUAAUGUGAUCUGGUGCGUUGCACUGACAGA